AUGCAUCUAUCUAUCUAUCUAUCUAUCUAUCUAUCUAUCUAUCUAUCUAUCUAUCUAUCUAUCUAUCUAUCUCAGUCUGUUCAUUAUCUAUCUAUCUAUCUAUCUAUCUAUCUAUCUAUCUAUCUAUCUAUCUGCCAAUUGGUCCGUUUCACUCGGUUUGUUCAUAUAUCUACAUCAAGCCGUUUCACUCCCUAUAUAUUCAGUGUUUAUUUAAGUUUUCUUUCUUUCUUUCUUUUUUCUUUCUUUCUUUCUUUCUUUCUUUCUUUCUUUCUUUCUUUCUUUCUUCAAUCUCCGCUUACCACACUUUCUGAUCACUAUAUCUCUCUUUAUUCCUUUCUCUUUACUUCUAUCCAUAGAUCUGUACUCCAUUUUCAAUCGCCUAGAAUCCAUCCAUCCAUCCAUCUAUCUAUCUAUCUAUCUAUCUAUCUAUCUAUCUAUCUAUCUAUCUAUCUAUCUAUCUUUUGUCCAUUUUACUCCGUUUUUUUCAAUCAUAGAUCUCGGUCGAACCCUGUUUCAUUCACAGCCGGUAUAAAUUUGCAUUUUUCUUACUCUCUCUCUUUUUCCCCUACUCUGCCUGUCGGUCUGUCUCUCUCUCUCUCUCGACAUUUUUCUUCUCUAUUAAAUUUGUUUUUUUGUUACUUUUUCCUACUCGCUUCGAUGCUUGCUUGCUGUUUUUUUUUCUGGUCUCCAAUGCCUUUCAUUUUUAUCGAUCUUUGUCGACAUUCCGUUUUCUUUACUUCUAUCUGUACCUCUACCUUUUCUCCCCCCCUCUCUCUCUCUCUCAUUGUGUCUGUCUGUAUGUCUAUCUCGGAUUCUUCGGAAGUUUCCGACAUCUCCCGUGAGGUACGGAAAAGCGAAGAAAAAAUCGAAAAAUAA